AUGGCCACGGCAACCGCACAACAGGGGCGCAUCGGCGGGGAGGAGCCCGUUCUGCCCACCCGGCUCUCAUAUUGGCGGCUGGUUGUCGAUCAAGCAGGCGUGACGCAGCACGUCCGAGACCAUGCGUAUCCCGGCGCAGGGACCGAAGCCGACCCGUAUAUAGUGUAUUGGCUGCCAGACGACCCGCGAAAUCCCAUGCGCUUCGGCGUCUUCCGCAAAUGGUUGAUUACAGUCGUGGUCGCCGUGGCCACGCUGGCCGUCACGCUGGUCUCGUCGGCGUAUACGGGGGGGAUGAGGCAGAUCAUCGUCCAGUUCGACGCCAGCCAGGAGGUCGCCACGCUGGGCGUGUCCCUGUUCGUCCUGGGCUUCGCCAUCGGCCCGCUGCUGUGGGCUCCGCUGAGCGAGCUGUUCGGCCGCCAGGUGCUCUUCUUGGCGACGUACACCUGCCUGACGGCCUUCAACGCCGGCUGCAUCGGCGCGCAGAGCAUCUGGGCCCUGAACGUCUUGCGCUUCUUCGCCGGUGCGUUUGGGUCGUCGCCGCUGACCAACGCCGGCGGCACCAUUGCCGACAUGUUUGAGGCGGACCAGAGGGGGGUGGCCACUGCCCUGUUUGCCUCGGCGCCGUUCCUGGGACCCGCCCUCGGACCGAUAGCCGGUGGUUUCCUGGGCAUGACGGCCGGGUGGCGCUGGGUCAUGGCACUGCUGGCCAUCUUCUGCGGCUUCAUCUUGAUCUUGGGCGCCCUCCUCGUCCCGGAAACAUAUGCCCCCGUGCUCCUGCGCAAGAGGGCCGCCAGGCUGUCCCAGCUCACGGGCAAGCACUACGUGAGCAAGAUUGACCACGACAGGGGCCGCGUCACUCUUGCCGAGUCGUUCAAGACGGCCCUGUCCCGCCCCUGGGUCCUGCUGUUCCGGGAGCCGAUUGUGCUGCUCCUCUCCGUCUACAUGGCCAUAAUCUACGGAACCCUGUACAUGCUGUUCGCGGCGUUCCCCAUUGUCUAUCAGCAGCACAGGGGGUGGAACGAGGGCGUGGGCGGGCUCGCGUUCCUCGGCAUCACGGGGGGCAUGAUGGGCGCCAUUGCCUACACGAUCCCCUCCAACAACAGAUACAUUGCAACGCAGAAACGGCACGGGGGCAACGCGCCGCCCGAAGCUCGGCUGCGGCCCGCGCUGCUCGGGUCCGUGACGCUGCCCAUCGGCCUCUUCUGGUUCGCGUGGACCAACUCGGCGUCGGUGGACUGGAUCGUGAGCAUCCUCGCCGGGGUGCCGUUCGGGUUCGGCAUGGUCCUGGUCUUCCUGAGCAUCAUGAACUACCUCAUCGACGCAUACACCGUCUUCGCGGCGUCGGUGCUGGCCGCCAACUCGGUCCUUCGAUCCCUCUUCGGCGCGGCCUUUCCCCUCUUCACCACCUACAUGUAUGGCAACCUGGGCAUCCACUGGGCGUCGUCGAUCCCCGCGUUCCUCGCCCUGGCCUGCGUUCCGUUUCCCUUUCUCUUCUACAAGUACGGCGCUGCCAUUCGCUCGCGGUGCAAGUUCGCCGCCGAAUCAGUCGCCUUUAUGGAAAGGCUGCGGCAGCAUCAGAUGGCUACGGAAAACGGCGGCGGCGGCGGCGGCGGCGGCGGCAGCAGCGAUGAAAAGACGUCGGUUGACAACAAUCACGUCGGCACGCUGUCCUCGAGCGACGACGACAGCAGAGUCGGAGACGACGAUGCGACGGCCUUUGCGCCAGUGCAGGCGACGCGGCCGCGCGUAAACAGCCAUGCGAGUGCCGUUGGCUCGGCAUUGUAUGAAGGAAACCCUUAUGAUAUUGACAGAGUCAAUACCCACAAUUCGUUUGGCGACGGGCAUGAUGCAAAAUAA